UCGCUCUCCGGGGGUCUCGCUCUGCGGGGACGCGGCGAGCGGCGGAGCGGGGCGGGGGAGGCGGCGCAGCAGGGAGCGAGGCAGCGGGAGCGGCUCCCCGACCGCGGGCAGCACCAUGAGUGAACAGAGUAUCUGCCAAGCACGAGCUGCUGUCAUGGUCUACGAUGAUGCCAACAAGAAAUGGGUACCAGCUGGAGGAUCAACUGGAUUCAGCAGAGUUCACAUCUAUCAUCACACAGGCAACAACACUUUCAGAGUAGUGGGCAGGAAGAUUCAGGAUCAUCAGGUGGUAAUAAAUUGUGCCAUUCCAAAAGGGCUGAAGUACAAUCAGGCUACACAGACCUUCCACCAGUGGCGUGAUGCUAGGCAAGUGUAUGGUCUGAAUUUUGGCAGCAAAGAAGAUGCCAACGUCUUCGCAAGUGCCAUGAUGCAUGCCUUAGAAGUAUUAAAUUCACAGGAAGCUGUGUUCUAUUUAGGUCCUACAUUGCCUCGACAGAAUUCACAGCUUCCCUCUCAAGUACAGAAUGGUCCAUCACAAGAAGAAAUGGAAAUCCAGAGAAGACAGUUGCAAGAGCAGCAGAGGCAGAAGGAGCUGGAACGGGAGAGGCUGGAUCGCGAACGGAUGGAACGGGAGAGGCUGGAGAGAGAGAGGCUGGAAAGGGAAAGGCUGGAAAGAGAGCGCCUGGAGCAGGAGCAGCUGGAGAGGGAACGGCAGGAGAGGGAACGGCAGGAGCGCCUGGAGAGGGAGAGACAGGAGAAGGAGAGGCAGGACCGCGAGAGACUGGAACGACUCGAACGGGAGAGGCAAGAGAGAGAGCGGCAAGAACAGUUGGAAAGGGAACAGUUGGAAUGGGAAAGAGAGAGAAGAAUUUCAAAUGCUGCUCCAUCUUUCGACAACUCCCCGUAUAGCACUCCACUUCCUGAAUACUCCAGUUGCCAGCCUCCUUCAGCACCUCCUCCAUCAUAUGCAAAAGCAGUCUCAGCGCCAAUGGCCGAGGCCACACCGGAGUACGCUGUAGUGACUUCUGCACCACCGACCUCCACUCCCCCUACACCGCCUCUAAGGCACUCUGCAUCGCGUUUUGCUACAUCCCUAGGCUCGGCUUUCCACCCCGUUCUCCCCCAUUACGCCACGGUUCCUCGGCCCGUGAACAAAAGCUCCCGGCCCCCUUCUCCCGUGGGCGCCGCGGCCACGUUGCCUCCCAGCAGCAGCAGCAGGCCCGCGGCCUGGGCCGCGCCCAGCUUCGCGCCCCUGCCCCCGUCUCCUCCGGUCAUGAUCAGCAGCCCUCCGGGCAAGGCCGCCGGGCCCAGACCCGUCCUGCCCGUGGCGGCUUCCAACGCGGCGGCCCAAGCGUCCACGUCUUCUCCCACGGCUCCCAACGGGCUUCCCGAAAACCUGGCUUAUCCGGUUCCUUCACCUUCUACCUCAGGUUCAACGCCGCCUCCGCCACCUCCUCCCCCCCCGCUGCCUUCCUUUCCGCCUCUGUCACUCUCUGGGCCUCAAGCUUCUCCUUCUCCCAACUCCCCGAAUGCCUCGACUCCCUCAUCCAAGCCUAGUGUUCUCCCUUCUCCCUCUGCAGCUACCCCUGCCUCUGUUGAGAACUCUCUAAACUCUGUGCUGGGAGACUCCUCUGCUUCUGAGCCAGUCUUGCAGGCAGCCUCUCAGCCGGUUGAAGCUCCGAGCCAGCAGGGUGCUGUCCAAGGACCGCCUGCACCUCCUCCUCCACCUCCCCUGCCCCCUGGCCCAGCUCAGUCUUCAAUAGCAGCCCCGGCUCCUCCUGGCCCUCCGCCACCUCCUCCCCUGCCGCCCUCGGGGCCGCCCCCGCCGCCGCCGCCGCCUCCUCCGCUGCCCAGCCAAGCCCCUCCCGUUCCCCUGCCCCCUCCGGCUCCCCCCCUGCCGGCCUCGGGAUUUUCGGCGGGGUUCGUGGCCGAGGAUAAUCGCCCUCUAACUGGACUAGCAGCUGCACUCGCUGGAGCCAAGCUUAGGAAAGUCUCACGGGGUGAAGACUCCUCCAGUUCGAGUGGAGGAGGAGGAGGAGGCUCUGCUUCAUCCAAAACAGAUGGUGGCCGUGGAAAUGGACCCCUUCCCUUGGGAGGCAGUGGGUUGAUGGAAGAAAUGAGUGCCCUGCUGGCCAGGAGGAGAAGAAUUGCUGAAAAGGGAUCAACAGAACCAGAGCAGAAAGAAGAUAAAGCUGAAGAAUCAGAGUCUUCAUCUUCUAAGGUUUCUUCAACAAGCACACCUGAACUAACAAGAAAGCCUUGGGAAAGGACAAAUACAGUGAAUGGAAGCAAGUCACCUGUUAUUUCCAGACCAAAAUCUACACCAACGGGACAGCCCAGUGCCAACGGAGUACAGUCAGAAGGUCUAGAUUAUGACAGAUUGAAGCAGGAUAUUUUAGAUGAAAUGAGGAAGGAGUUAACGAAAUUAAAGGAAGAACUCAUUGAUGCUAUCAGGCAGGAACUCAGCAAGUCCAAUACUGCAUAGAAAGACUCGUACUAAGCCGAUGUGACUCUUUAACUUGAUAUAAAACUGACUACGUUUUGUGAGCUGUUAGAAGAAAACGGAGACAGACAGACACUUGGAAGGAGGGAGAAACAACCUAUUCUGAAAAGCUUCAGACACAUCACUCUGGUGAUAAUGCUCUUCCCCUCCUAGUUUGCAGCUUUUUUCUGACCUUUACAGCAGGGUGGAAAAGACUCUUAAAGUUACUGUAAUGAUUAUGCAGAAAUUCCUACAUCUAUCAGACAAGAUCACAGUGCUUUGAAGUCUACUCAUGUCAAGAUAAAAUUGCACACGUUUCAGAAUUUGUUGUUGAGACAAAAAAAAAAAACAAAAAAAAACAAAACAACAA